AUGUCGAGUGCCGCAACUCGCUUCUUCAGCAUUAUCGAGCCGAUUUACUUGUUGGCAGGACACUUGAGCAACACUGACAUUUUGAACUUGGUCUUGACUACUCUGAGCCUCAAGUACGAUGCCAAGCGUGUCAACCUGAUCACGUCCCCCACUAGCAGACGAGGGAUGGUCAAGAACAUGCACUUUACGCGAUCUCUGCAGAUGAUUCUACUUGAGUUUCACAUACCUCUCGAACUGCUCUCUAGAGUUCCUAAGCUCGACCUCCUCGCCCCCUCUACAUCUGCGAACAAAUCAAGCUGUCGUAUCCCCACCUCUGCGUACAACCGGCUCGACGAAACAGGGUUCCCUGGAACGUUGAACCUGCGAGAUCACAGCGUCCAGCAAGCCUGGAUUCCUGGAUAUGGCGAAGCACUGGCCGAACUUUUGAAGGUGAAGAUUUUCUUUGACGCCAACGAGCAGCCGACCGAGCCGUUCCUGUGGUUGCAGAACUCGGAGGCGAAGUAG